UUUGCUUCGUUAUCCGCAGUCGUCUGUAAUUGUUGUUAUUUCGCUCGUGCCUGCUGCCUUGGGCGAGUUUUUGUAUAUUUGUGUUAUUUCUUGUUCUGAAAAAUAUGUUUUGUCAGAAGAAAAGCAAUUUUAGUGACCGAACGGCCUUAAAACCUGGUUGCGCCGUUCGUGAAUGCGCGCGGUGGAGAACCGCGACAAUUUAGUGUGCGCUCACACUUCUUGUGAAAGGAAAGGGCCUGUUCCCCUAGUAUGGGAAGACAUGUGGGCCGCUGCAAUAUUGCGGAUCAUAAGGAAGAGGAUAGUGCUAGGCAUCAUAUUCCUGUUUUCUCUCACCUAUUGCAUAGUCAGCUUCAUGAAGGAGGGAAACUCUACGACAUCAUAUGAAAUUGACACUCUCCCAGUGCGACCAUUGGAUAGAACAUUUCUUUGGCAUUCACCCAAAGAUGAUUUAAAUGCCACUGAAAUGAAGGUGUUGACAUGUCGAAAUUCUGUGCAAGGCAAAGUUCUUAUUGUCGAUGAUAGAGGCUAUGUUUGCUCAAGAGGCAAUGUAUUACCUAGUGGAUGUUGUAACAUUGAGGCUGAAAAUACAAAACGAUAUUCCUGUGAAACUUGUAAAGAAAGUGGUUGUUGCAGCAUAUAUGAGUACUGCAUAUCUUGUUGCCUCCAUCCGGAUAAGAAACAAGUUCUUCAAAAUGUGUUAGGUAAAGCAUCUGAGACAUUAAAUGUUCUUUUUGCCUCAGUAACAGAUCACUUUGAACUGUGCUUGGCUAAGUGCCGAACAAGCUCUCAAAGUGUUCAGCAUGAAAAUACAUACCGUGAUCCCAAAGCUAAGCAUUGUUAUGGGGAAAUUCCUACAUCAGGCUCCUAGUAAAUGGAAAUUUUUAAUCAUGUGGUAUACAAACCAAUGGGUAGUAAUGCUGCUAUUUGUUUCUACUUUGAGAUGUUAGUGCCAAUGGUUUGUGAUGGAAAUGGUGAAACAUGCGAUAUAUAUUCAAUUAUGACUAAUUUUCAAACCAAAGCUUUGUCAAUAAUACCUGUCAUUAGAAAUACAUCAUGAAUUUUGAGGGAUUCUAUGAACCUGUUAGAUAGGAAAUAAUUAUUGGCAUGAGAAAUCUGUGGUAAUAUCAGACUAAAACAUAUGAAAUCAUGUGUAUGUUUGUUGAUAAAGUCAUUAGGGACAUUAUUAUUAGUCUUACCUAAAACUUUUCAGAACCAAUGUUUUGUAGUUUCAUUUUAUAAAUUGUUGAUUUUAGUUAUAUUUUAUUAUUGAAUGACUCUGGUAGUGUAAUGGAAUAAUGUUUAAUUUAGUUUUUGAAGUCAUGAGAUUUGGUGCAAAUUUUGGUCUCAUUAUAAAGAAAUUUUGCCUUGUGCAUGAUUUUUUUGAAAUGAAAGCACAUGUUAUGAAAAGAAUACUAAACCAAACAAUGUGAUAUCAAUGUUAAGAAAAUUGUUUAAAUUAUAUUUUUUAGACAUACGUAAUACAUAGUUUUUGUGUCUAUGUAAGUACACCAUGAGAUUCAAUUUAAUUAACCCCUUUCAAAAUAUUUAAAGCCUAACCACAGUUUUUCAAAGAAAUUAGUUUCAUCCGGAAUGAAGGAUCCAGAGGAGCCUCCUCUGGAUCAGAAUGUCUUUUGUGAAGUGCCUACUAUUUCUUAUGAAGACAUCAGAACUAUUGAGUACCGGGAAUUGACAGUUCAGCUCCUAAUUAAAUGUUAAUUGCAGUAUUACAAUCUAAAUGUAGUUCAAAAUCUCCACUUUUAUAUUUCAAUUUUGAGUGUUUUGGGGGAAAUUCUGGUGUACUUCUUCCAGAAUAAUGAGUAAUUGUUCAAAUGACAAUGACACUCAACUGUUCCUUUUAUUCUUGAAGGCCGUACAAAUAUAUUGCAAACACUCAACAAGAUAAUGCAAAAAUAUUAUUUGAUGUAUAUCUACAUGGUAAGAAGUGUUCUGUCCUUUGGCAGUUGGAAAAAUAAACGACUUACAUGUAAUUAUUUA